UUCUACUGCCCUGCAGCAGACCACGGCUCUCCCAGAGGUGACACUUCCACCACCAAACCUGACUCAAGCCACAGUCCCAACUGUGGACCUGGGAAUUAGCAUAUCUCAGCAGUCAAGGCCAUCUGAGAUGGUUCAUUUUCCUUUGACUCCAUUUUCAGAACCCAAAAGUCCCCCUGUUAUAAAACGUAUACCAGGAAAGAAGCAACCAAUACAGAAUGCCACCACAACCAUCAACGUAUGUAAGCUCUGUACCUGCAAGGAUGAGACGCUGUCGUGUGUUGGUCUGAGCGCAAAGCAGAAGCUCCACAGAGUGCCUGAGCCAGGGCCCAACUCCUAUAAUGGCACCUUCACCAUCUUAAAUUUCCAAGGAAACUAUAUUUCUUACAUUGAUGAAAAUAUAUGGAAGGCAUACCGUUGGGCUGAGAAACUAAUUCUUAGUGAAAAUUCUUUGACUGAAUUACACAAGGACUCAUUUGAAGGCUUGCUAUCCCUCCAAUAUUUAGAUUUAUCCUGCAAUAAAAUACAGUCUAUUGAAAGACGUUCAUUUGAACCACUUCCUUUUUUGCAGUUUAUAAAUCUUGGUUGCAAUUUACUCACAGAACUGAGCUUUGGAACAUUUCAGGCCUGGCAUGGAAUGCAGUUUUUACACAAGUUAAUUCUCAAUCGUAAUCCUUUGACAGCAGUGGAAGAUUCAUAUCUUUUUAAAUUGCCAGCAUUAAAAUAUUUAGACAUGGGAACAACACAAGUGUCACUUACAACAAUUGAAAGCAUUCUCAUGAUGACCCUUGAAUUGGAAAAACUGAUCUUACCUAUCCGUAUGGCCUGCUGCCUCUGCCAAUUUAAAGAUACUAUUGAGGUUGUCUGCAAGACAGUCAAACUGCAUUGUGACAGUGAUUGCCUGACAAACGUCACAUUUUGUGAUGAAAGUACAUCUAUAGGGAAUGCAGAAGGAUCGUUCAUGAAGGUGUUGCAAGCCCGGAAGAAGAACACCAGCACGGAACUGACUAUUGAAUCCGAGAAGGCGUCCUCAGACCUAAGUGCUGUCAGUCUGUCAGCCUUCAUGAAUGAGCAGCUGGACUUUAAUGACGAAAGCGAUUUUGAAAGUCAGCUUAACCAGCAGCUACGAUCUCUCAUCCCCAACAACGAUGUGAGAAAGCUCAUUGCUCACGUCAUCAGGACUUUGAAAAUGGACUGCUCUGAGACCCACGUGCAGCUGGCCUGCGCCAAACUCAUCUCCAGAACAGGCCUCUUGAUGAAGCUUCUCAGCGAGCAGCAAGAAAUAAAGGUGUCCAAGGCAGAAUGGGAUACAGACCAGUGGAAAACUGAGAACUACAUCAAUGAGAGCACAGAAACCCAGAGUGAACAGAAAGAACAGGAGUCCAGUGAGCUCACAAAAGAAGUCCCAGGUUACGGCUAUAACAACAAACUCAUCUUGGCAAUAUCUGUGACUGUAGUAGUGAUGUUUUUGAUUAUAAUGUUCUGUCUCAUUGAGAUUUAUUCUCAUAGAACAGCAUCAGAGGAAGAAGGAAGCAGAAGGGGCUUUUUCGGAUUUCUGCUGCGUAAGAGGAGCUCAGGGACAAGUGAGAGUCAGGAGGGCUUUUUCUGGAGGCGGCGGCCACUUUGGCUUCGGGACAUGUACAGGCCUCUCAAUGCCACACGCAAGAAAAACAUGGCGCAGAAGCUGCAUGACAAGGAAUCUUCGGAAGAGGAUGAGAUUUUCAAUAAGGAUGCGGGGGGGACCACUGAAGCACCGACAGAGGAGCCUCCGGCUACAGAUUCGGCUGCUGAAGAGCCAGAGGGUGAGGAGAGUGAGGCAGCCGCUGACACCGCCACAGAGUGAGCCCCGUCCUGCCACAGGCC